AGCGACCACAAUUAAAAGGGCAGUGCCGCCGCCGAGCCGCCGUCUUCCGACAAACCAGAGGCAGACGCUCAGCGUAACCCACAGGUUUCUCUGAGGACUCUUAACGCCAGGAAUCCCACCCUCCUCCAGGUGACAGGAAUUGAGGAGAAACAAAACCGACAGAACGAGUGGGGAAAAGCCUAGGGUGGAUCCCCCGCCUGGGCCUGGCGCAGUCUUUCCUGCUCUCGCUCAGUCUCUGGUCCUUUUUCCUCUCCCACUCCCGCUGUCCUUCCCCUGGCCACAGAGUAGGUCGGUGGUGUUGGGGUGGGGGCCGCACGCCGAUUGGCUGCGUCUUUCCUGCGCUCCCCCACCUCCGGCCGCAGGAGGGCGCCGGCAGCCGCCUCGCGGCCGCACGCCUAUUGGCUGCAUCUUUUCUGCUCUCUCCGCCCUGGCCGCUGGAGGGCGCUGGCGGCCGCACGCCGAUUGGCUGCGUCUUUCCGGCGCUCCGCCGUAAGGGGGUGCUGGGAGCCGGGCUCGGGGCCGCAAGCUGAUUGGCUGCUCCGGAAAGCUGCAGCUCCUUCGCCCCGUGGGCGCAGUAGGCUCUGCGGUUUCGGCGGCUGGCGUUGCGAGCUUUCAUCCGGUUCGUGUCAAGGCUGUGCCAAGAUAACUCCCAGAUUUCUUCUUUAACGGUAGUUCCUCGUCAAUUGGAGGAACUCACCAUCUGACUGACAUUAAGGUCCGGAUUUCCCAAAUUUCUUUGCCCGGGGGUGAGUCGGGGUGAGUGGUAGAGGACCCUACAGGUGAGAAGGUGAGGGAGAGUGAAUACCUCGAGCAGGGACUGUCAUUUACACUUUGAAAUUUAUCUUGUUUUAAAAGUGAGGGUUUUUAAACCGUGAGCCAGCACUUGGUAGGUGAAAGCAGGAAAGUUGCGAGUUGAGCAAAGCCUAAGAAAUACUGGGAAAUCCUGUUCAAGGAGUUUUGUUUGUUUGUUGCCACUCAUUGAUACCAUGCUUGUAAUCCCAGGAGGUGGAGGCUGGAGGAUUAGGAGUUCAUGCUGCAGGUAGCGAGUUUGAGGCCAGCCUGGGCCCAUAAAACCCUUCCUAGACUCGGGGAAAUACUUUUCUUUUUCCAGAGGAGCCCUGGCCGGUCUCGGUCUCUUAAAUGGCUGGAAUUACACACUUGAGCCUCUAUGCGGAUCCUGCAUUUUAUUUCUCUCUCCUCUCUCGCCCCUCCUCUCCCCUCCCCUUCCCCCUCCCUUCCCUUCUUCCCUCCCCUCCCCUCCUGUUUUUGUUUUUCGAGACAGGGUUGUGUAUCCCUGGCUGUUCUGGAACUCAGUAUGUAGACCAGGCUGGCCUCGAAUGUAGAUGUAACCAACUGUUAUUAAAUAAGAAACACAGAGCGGAUUCAGAGAAGAAAGCCAAGAGGUCAGAGCUAAGAGCCUCACCCUUCCUGAUUCAGGGAUCCUCUUCAGCCAAGAGAGCUCUCCGAAAGGGGGCUACUUCCUGUGUGUAUGUCUUUAUAUAGUCUAGCUGUUCUGCCUUCUCAUUGGUUGUAAACCCAAACAUGUGACUGCCUCGUCACUGCCUGUAUGUACCGCCCUCCAGGUCCUUAAAGGUGUGCGCCACCGCCGCCACGCACUUGCUAUGGCUCUAAUAGCUCUGACCCCCAGGCAACUUUAUUUAUUAACAUACAAUUAAAAUCACAUUUCAGUACAAGUAAAAUACCACUACACUCGAACUCAGAUAUUUGCCUACCUCUGCCUCCCCAAAUGCUAGGAUUAAGCGUGCGCCACCACUGCCCAGUUUGCAUUUUAUUUUUAUGGUAUUUUUUUGUUUGCUAAAGAAAAGGUUAAAAGCCACAUCUUAGUAUACACUCUCUCAAGUGAAGCAGUGGUCUUCCCAUGGCAUCACCUGUCUUGCCCCUUGACCCCUUUGUUUAGAACCAGCUUGAGAAGUGGAAGAAGUUCUCAUCAACUUAGUACCGAAAUAUCUUAGCACCUUUCUCAAAUUGCCUCAGGCUCCUAGCUUCAAAGUUACUUAGGCCAUUGCAGCUCAGCCUCAGUCCCCAAGGCUCCUCUGUCCACUGAAGUUCUAGUCUGACUCAGUUGUUUCCUAAUUAACCCCUUGUUUACCCCAUCUGAGAUCAGCCUUCCUAUGCUGACAGUAACGUUUUGGAUAUGGCAGUCUAAGAAGCCCAUUAAUGUGAUGUGGAAUCUUGAUGUCAGACACAUGCAUAAUCCCUUUCUUGGUUGGCCUAGAAGCUCAUCUCUUCAUCCUGACAUUUUUUUCCCUCCUAAUUUUUAAUAUAAAUUUUGAUAACUGUAUCCAGUUAAACCCUUUGUGUGAGGUCUGGUGGCUAAUGUCUAUAAUCACAGCACUGAGGAAGCAGAUGCAGAAGUAUCUUUGCAAAUUCAAGGUCACCAUGGUCUAGAUAGGGCAUUCCGGUCCAGCCGGGGCUACUCAGGAAGAUGUGUGAUAUUUUGUUUAUCUUCUGACAAAUAAGGCUUGCCUGGAGAUCAGAGAAGCAGAGCAGCCAGCCACCUCUUACCUCUCUGAAUCCUCAGCUCCAAUAGGGGCGAGAUCCUGUCUCCACGAAACCUCAGACUGAGUGGGCAGGAGAUUCUGUCUCCACGAAACCUCAGACUGAAUGGGCAGGAGAUCCUGUCUCUACCCACCUUAUAUUCCUGUCUGAUUCCUGCUUCCUCCUACCAAGUACUGGGAUCAAAGGUGUGUGCCACCACUGCCUGGUCUCUAUGAUUAACUAGUGGCUAGCUCCGCCCUCUGAUCUCCAGCAAGCUUCAUUUGUCAGAACACAAACCAAAUAUACAACAGGAAGAUCCUGUCUAAAAACAAAAAGCAGUAACUAAAAUUUCUUUGCUAUGUGGGAUUUUUUUUCUGAUUUGUUUUAACCUUUAAAAGUGGUAUUUGUGUGCUGGGCAAUGGUGGUGCACACCUCUAAUCCCAGCACUUUGGAAGCAGAGGAAAGCAGAUCUGAGUUUGAGGCCAGCCUGAUUUUAACAGAAUAAGUUCCAGAACAGCCAAGGGUACACAGAGAAACCUGUCUUGGGGGGGGGGGGGGGACUUAAAAAAAAAGUGGUACUUGUGUGUGAGAGGGAUGUGUGUGUUCUCACCAGUGGCUGGAAGAGGGCAUCCUAUGCCCUGGAGCUGGAGUUAGGGGGGUUGUGAGCCACCAAAUGUGGAUGCUGGGAAACACUAAACAGGGCCUGUGGAAAACAGAAAGCACUCAUAACUGCUGAGCAGUCUCUUCUGCCCCCUUUGACCUGUCUUCAAUUUUCUUCCUUCCUAAGCAUGUCAUAACUUUUCAGUUUUGAACAUCCUAGCCUUACUAUGUGUGUGUUGUCUAUGUCACAGGGCUGCAGAGAUGGCUUAGCAAGAGGGCUUGCUGCUCAAACAUGAAAGCUGAAUCCAGAUCCCAGUGCCCACUUAGAAAGCUGGCACGGCCACACACAGACCUGAAACCCUGUGCUGUGGAGAAUCGAGACAAGAAGACGCCAGUGUCAGUGAGAAAGCCUAUCUCGGGCCUAACAGAGAGAGAGUGCUGGAGCCUCUUUUCUCUUGUGUAGGUUGAUUAGGUGCUGCUUGUUGAAAGUAUCAGUAUGUUUGAGAGCCCUUCCUUAAAGGAUUAAAAUAUAGAUGGACAUGGUGGCACACACCUUUAAUCCCAGCACUUGGGAGGCAGAGGCAGCUGGAUCAUUUGCCUCUGAUGUCAGUCAAUUUGAGGUCAGCCUGGUCUACAAAGCGAGUUCCAGGACAGCUCAGACUACACAGAGAAACCCUGUCUCAAAAAACCACACACAAAAAAGAGUACUGGGGCUGGAGGCUGCUCUCCUAGAGAACUGGCAUUCAGGUCCCAGUGCCUGUUUGAUGGCUCAACACCGUUUGUAACUCCAGCUCCUUCUGGCUCCUGAGGGCGCUGCACACAUGAGGUUCACAGAUAUACAUGCAAACAGCACCUUCUGGCUCCUGAGGGCACUGCACACAUGAGGUUCGCAGAUAUACAUGCAAACAGCACCUUCUGGCUCCUGAGGGCGCUGCACACAUGUGGUUCGCAGAUAUACAUGCAGACAAAGCACGCAUACACACAAAACGAUAAUAAUAAAGGCCCAGUGUCAUGGUACAUGCCUUUAAUCCCAACACUCCAAAGCACUCUUUGUGAGUUCAAGGCCACCUACCCUACAAAGAAUCCCAGGCCAGCCAGGGCUACACAGUGAGACCCUGUUUCAAAAGCACAAUAAUAAUAAACUAAAACUUUUAAAAUUAAAAACAGAAAUGAAUAAAAAAAUUUUAAAUAAAAGAAGUAAAAGUGAAAAAAAUCACAGUACUGGGGCUUGGGCUGUAUCUUGGUGAUAGAGGGCUUGCUUACCUGUGUAAGGCUCUGGGUUCAGUCCCCAGCAUCACAAGUAUAAACAGACAAAAAAAGCACUUGGGAGCUGGGAAGUUGGCUCAGUGAGAACCAGACAUAGCAUAUUUCUUAAAUUGCAGCAUCCAGGAUACAGAGGCAGGUGCAUCUCUAUUGAGUUCUAUACCAGGCUGGUCUUUAUAGCAAAUUCUAUGCCUUCCAGGGCUAUACAGUAAGACUUUAUCUCAAUAAAAUAAGUAAGAAGCUUCUAUUUAGUUAUGAAAAAGGGGAUACCAUGUGCAUUUUUUAAAUUGAAAAUAUUUUUUCAUACAAUAUAUUCUGAUCAUGAUUUCCCCUCCCUUAUCUCCUCCCAGAUCUUCCCCACCUCUCUACACUUCCAAUUCCAUUCCUUAUUUCCCUCUUUCUCUAGAAAACAAACACGCCUUUAAUCCCAGCACUUGGGAGGCAGAGGCAGACAGAUCUCAGUGAGAUCGAAGCUAGCAUGGUCUACAUAGUGAAUUCCAGGACAGCCAGAGCUACGUAGAGAGAUACUGUCUCAAAAAUACAAAAACAAAACAAAAAACCAGGCAAAUAAACAAACUAGAAUAAAACAAAAAGAACAAGAAACACACCAAGUCCAUAAAAACACAAAAUUGGAAACCAUAGUAUACAAGCAAAAGUCCAAUAUUUCCAAAAAUACCAUUAAGUUCAUUUUUCAUAGGCCAUGUACUACUAGACACAGAGUCUUCCUGCCCUUAAAUGUGGUUUGUAUACCCAGUGAGCCUUCAUUGGAGAAGCUAACUUUUCCUUUGUGAGCAGUUGUCAACUGGAAAUAGAUUCUUAGAGAUGGGAGCUGGUGUCCACCUCCCCUCUCAAUGCUGACCUGUGCAGUCCCUGUGCAUGCUGCCAUAGUCUGUGAGUUCCUGUUUUCCUCAGUCCCCUUGUGUCUAGAGUCAUCUUUCCCCUCUGGCUCUUAAAAACCUUUCGGCUUCCUCUCUUCCACAUCCUUCACUGACCAUGCCCAGUUUAUAAACAAAAAAGCUAAUCUUGCCUUGCCCAGAGCCCUACAGUUUUGAGUUUCCUACAUAAGAAUUAAAAUUGUGGGGCUGGAGAGAUCAGUGCUUAAGAUCUCUUUCAGAGGACACAGCUUUAGUUCCCAGCAACCAUCAGCAACUCCAGUUUCAGGGGAUCUGGCGCCCUCUUCUGGCUUCCUCGGGCACUAAACUAAUGUGCAGGGACAUACAUGGAGGCAAAACAACUGUACACAAAAUAAAAAUAAAUAAAAUUGUACUUGCUGUGGUUCUUCUUAGUAUUCUAAAAUAAGGAACAAAACCAAACUACUCUUCUUAUCCCUUAGAGCAGUGGUUUUCAACCUUCCUAAUGCCGCGACCCUUUAAUACAGUUCCUCAUGUUGUGGUGACCCCCCAACCAUAAUUUUAUUUUGUUGCUACUUCAUAACUAAUUUUGUUACUGUUAUGAAUCGUAAUGUAAAUAUAUGUAAAAUAUCUGAUAUUCAGCCCCUGUAAAAGGGUCUUUUAAUACCCCCCCACACACACAAAGGGGCCACAACUCACAGGUUGAGAACCACUGCCUUAGAAAUUUGGAGAAAUGCACCACCAGGUGGUGGUGGUGGUGCACACCUUUAAUCUCGACACUUGGGAGGCAGAGGCAGGUGGAUCUCUGUGAGUUUGAGGCUAGCCUGGUCUACAAAGGGAAUUACAGGACAGCCAGACCUGUUAUACAGAGAAACCCUGCCCCCCCCCCAAAAAAAAAGAAAACAAGAAAAAGAAAUUUGGAGAAAUGGUAAAUAACCAAACUUUUGAAACUUUUGAGACAGGGUCUCCCUGGCUUGCCUGAAACUUACUAUGUAGACCAAGCUGUUGCAGUCAGAGAUCACCCUUACCUCGGUCUUCAGGAUGGAAGAUGUGCACUACCAUACAAGAUCAAAAUAGUCUUUUCAAAAUAAUGAUCUCUUUGUUAAUUUUUAAGUGUUUGGAUGCUUGACGAAGAUUCUUUGAAGUCUGCUUUUGGAAUCACAGAGCAUGGAUCCCAGCAGUGACUACCAUUUCCUCAACCACAUUUUGUGGAGAAAAGUGAAACUCACCUUGGUUUCUGGCAUCUUCGAGGGCGUGCUCCAGCAUGUGGAUCCUAACAAGAUUGUUGUCCUAAAAAAUGUGAAGAACGUAGAGACAGGCCGGAGUGUCCCAGGAGUGAAAAUGUUUUUUGGGCAUGAGAUUUUGAAUGUGGAACUAAUGGAUGAAGCAGAACAAGAUGCAUCAGGAGAAAAGGCAUCUUCUGUUAGCAUAAAUACAGAAAGAGCUGGAAUGGAGAAAAUGAAAGAUGAAGACCUAACUGUAUGUGAGCCUGCUUCACCUGCACCAGAGGCACCAACCAGCUCUCUACUCAGUGACCUCAAAUACUGCCCAUCGGAGGAAGAGGAGGUGACAUACACAGUCAUUGGUCAGUUCCAGCAGAAGUUUGGUGCUGCAAUGCUCCACAUCAAGAAGCAGAAUGUCUUGAGUGUGGCUGCAGAAGGAGCUAAUGUGUGUCGCCAUGGGAAACUCUGUUGGCUUCAGGUGGCCACAAACAGCCGAGUUUACUUGUUUGAUAUUUUCCUUCUGGGAAUUCGUGCUUUCAACAAUGGACUUCAGAUGAUUUUGGAAGAUAAGAGAAUCCUGAAGGUUAUCCAUGAUUGUCGAUGGCUUUCAGAUUGCCUGUCUCAUCAGUAUGGAAUCAUGCUGAACAAUGUCUUUGACACACAGGUAGCAGAUGUCCUUCAGUUUUCCAUGGAAACGGGUGGUUUUCUUCCGAAUUGUAUCAGUACUUUGCAGGAGAGUUUAAUCAGACACCUUAAAGUUGCCCCUAAAUAUCUCUCCUUUUUAGAAGAGAGACGAAAACGUGUUCAGGAGAAUCCAGAAGUAUGGUUGACAAGGCCUCUUCCACCCGCUUUAUUGAAAAUCUUGGCCCUGGAAACAGCCUGCUUGCUUCCACUCCGCUUGGUACUCUUGGAUGGGAUGAUGUCGGACCUAACCACACUGGUGGAUGGAUACCUAAACACCUAUCGAGAAGCUUCUGCAGACCGGCUUGCAGGCACAGAGCCUGAGUGUAUGGAGCUGCCAGAGGAGCUUCUUCAACUCAAGGACUUCCAGAAGCAGCGCCGGGAGCGAGCUGCGAAGGAGUACAGAAUGAAUGCGCAGGGCCUCCUCAUAAGGACGGUGCUGCAUCCAAAGACACCAGCCGGUCGCACACCAGGGAAAGAGGGCCCAGCCGGAGGCUUUUUAGUUUGUAAAACUUCGGACGUAGACAAAGCUCCACACUUUCUAUGUCACAGAUCUUAUAAGGAUGAGAAUUUUUUGGAUAGAGACUCUAAAGAAACCACAGCAAAUUCUCAAAUUCUGCCUCCCAUGAAGGAAGACGAAGCCAGUGAGGAUUCUGAGAACAAACCAAUGUGUUGGGAGUCAAGGGGGCCAGAAGACCUGAGAACCCAGAAGGCUCGCUCCCUGACUCCCACGCAUGCGUUUCAGUCACAUUUUUCUUUGAAGGAGGAGAUAGAACAGUUGCUGAUGGUGGAAAAUAAGGGAGCUUUGAGAAGCCCAAAUCAAGACUCUUUGGUGUCUCCUUCUCUUCCCCCAGAAAGCUGGGGGGCACCAAGUGACACCUUCCCUCUUCCUGAGAACGCUCUGAUUUCUACACUUCCACCCUGCCCAGCGCUGGAGAAGACAGAUUCAUGGAUAAGUCCAUCUCCAAAUCUGUUUUAGGAUUUACGGUUGGCUGCUGGAGUCCAUGAAGGGGACUCAUCUACCCUGCCAACAGGGUCCAUGUAUUUCUCCUGGGGUAGGUAGGGUGGUUAGGUCUCAGCCACAGGGCUUCUGGGAAAAUGAUGGCCUUCAGUUAGUGCUUCUUCUCGGUGUCUGGAUUAGGAUGGAAGGAAUAAGUGAAAUAAUGGACCAAGUCAAACUUCUGAUAUGCAGAAAUAUUCCCAGUAGCCUGAGUAAUCACUUCUCAUAAUUUAGGUUUCAAGGAUUUGAAGAAUUGAAAAAUGCUUGUGCUCAGUAUCUGGAAGAAUCUAGUUUAGGAAUAUUGUGGGCAGCUCCUGUGGAUGGUAGAACUGGUGCAGCCUGCACAGGCCAUGGGUUCAGUCUGCAGCAUCACCAAAAAACAAGCUGUAUUUUUAUGUUUGUUUGGGUUUGGGUUAUUUUUUGGCCUUUAGAAUGAAGUAAAUCUAAAAACCCUUAUUUAUAGGUUAAAAAAUGUUUCUCAUCCAACUUCACCAGUACUUUUCUCCUUAAGAUAUUACUUGAAUUGUGAAUUUUUGUCUAUUGUAUUCUAGCCUGAGAAUAAGUAAUGUCAUUAUAGGUUUCAGUCUCAAUCUUCUUUAUAUCUCAUUAACCUUAAGGUUUUGUCCACUUUCCUAACAAAGCAGAGGUGCUGGCUUCUUUGUUAUCCCUUUUGUGGAAAUGUAAAGUUUGAGUCCAUUGUAUUUGCCUAGAGCUGUUACAUUUUCUCAGAGUAAAAGAAAGACAGCUCGAAAAAGGGUCUUUUGUGUUGAGUGCUCAGAAAUCACUCUUACUCUUUUGUGUAAAACAACCAAUAAACCUGCUUUUGCAUCAGA